GGUAAUGCUUCGCGCAGCAUGAUGGGACAGAGGUGGCCUUUCCCGGCGGAGAACUGCCUGACUCGAGAAGAGGGUGAGCUCUGCAGCGAGAGUGGGGUAUAGAAAGUUACCUCCAUCAGGUGAGACGGUACGAGGGACUGAGAGAAAGAAGUUGAGCCAAGCAGUGAGCUGAACGCCAGCCGAGCCCAGCAUAUCCCCUCCGUGUGAGAGUCACCGACGAAACAUGGGGCAGAACGACAUCAUGAGCGCCGCUGAGGACGUGGCAGACCAGUUUCUUCGUAUGACAAAGCAGUAUCUGCCUCAUUUGGCAAGGCUCUGCCUCAUCAGCACAUUCCUGGAGGAUGGGAUCCGCAUGUGGUUUCAGUGGAAUGAGCAGAGGGACUACAUCGAGGCCACCUGGAACUGUGGCUACUUCCUGGCAACUUGCUUUGUUCUCCUUAACCUUAUGGGGCAGCUGGGUGGCUGUGUCCUUAUUCUCAGUAGAAAUUUUGUACAGUAUGCUUGUUUUGGAUUAUUUGGCAUUAUAGCUUUACAGACUGUUGCAUACAGCAUUUUAUGGGAUGUUAAAUUUCUUAUGAGAAACUUGGCACUGGGUGGUGGCCUCCUGCUCCUUUUGGCAGAGUCUCGCUCUGAGGGCAAGAGCAUGUUUGCUGGAGUACCAACCAUGGGAGAAAGCUCUCCGAAACAGUACAUGCAGCUGGGCGGACGAGUCCUCUUAGUCCUGAUGUUCAUGACGCUUCUGCACUUCGAUCUCAGCUUCUUUUUUAUCUUGCAGAACAUCGUGGGAACAGCGCUGAUCAUCCUUGUGGCGAUUGGUUUCAAGACCAAGCUGGCCGCCCUUACUUUAGUGGUGUGGCUCUUUGCCAUCAACGUCUACUUCAAUGCCUUCUGGACAAUCCCGGCCUACAAGCCAAUGCACGACUUUCUGAAGUACGACUUCUUCCAGUCGAUGUCGGUCAUUGGGGGACUGCUGCUGGUGGUUGCACUGGGCCCUGGGGGUGUCUCCAUGGAUGAGAAGAAAAAGGAGUGGUGAGCAGCACGUCCUACCCUGGCCCACCUCCCCCAAAGGAAGUCUGUGCUCCCCCCCCACCCCCAAGCUCUUAGGCCUUUUGUUUUUCUUUUUGUAAUUUCUUUAGUUCUAGAAUCGAUUUAUUACUGGAUUUUGAGCCCCCCCCCCCCCCCCUUUUUUUAAUCACCAAAAAAAAAACUGCCACUCAGACAUUUAAGAAUACUUUUAAGUUAUCGUCGUGUGUCUACAAGAAAAGACUUUACUGCAAACAAGCGUUUCUGUUUACCAAAACCUGGGCGGGCCUCUCUCUCUCUCUCUCUCUCUCUCUCUCUCUCUCUCUCUCUCUCUCUCUCACGUACAGCAGAUCUGUGAAACGCUUACAAGAGGCAGUAAAAUGAAACAACUGGUACCCCCCCCCCCCCCAUAUCCAAUUUUAGGCCCUAACCCCACCCUCACUGACUAACACAAAGCUCUCGUCACCUGGCUCUUCAAUUUUCUAGCACGCCAGAAUGGAGGUGUGCCAAGUGGGCAGGAGCGGGUGUGCCAGGCAGGUCCUCAUUUCAGUAACUUUUUUUUUUUUUGAUUAAGUUAAAUACUUUUCUGGCUUGGUUGGGGAGGGACAAAGGGGGACAGUAGGUCUAUCAUCUGUUGUUGCCAUUAGAGUGGGCAGGAGACACACACAAUAUUGGGGAGGGGGGGGGUGGGUGUCGCGUGUGUGCCAACAAUCAUGCUAUGCUGCAGACUCGUCUUUCAUGAGCACAGUAGACAAAGUGACUGCUCACACUCGGAGCGCCUUCGAAGUUCUUGUUCAACUCAGUGUUCUGCCUCCGAAAUAAAAGCCUAAACGUAUAAAGGUCUUUUUUGGGAAAAAAAAUAAAUGAUAUAUUGUAUUUUUUUUUUUUUUUUUUUUUUUAUUUCAUUAAAAAUUUAAAAAGUA